AUGAAUACAACAACAUUACAAUUCUCAUUUACAUUUUAUUAUUAUGUUAAAUAUCUUGGAUUAUGUCAUCAUAUUAAUGAUUCAAAUAUGUUUGGUAAACCAAUGAUUUUACCACAAAUAAAACAUCAAAUACCAUUUAUUUGUUUUUCAUUCAUUGGUUUCAUAUUAAAUUUUAUUUCAUUAUUUGUAUUCUUAUUUGGUGGUGAUUUAAUUAUUCGUUCACGAAUUCAUCAAUCCAAACAACAUGAUAAAAUUCUAUUAGAUAAUGAAUAUUCCAAUAUAUCUAAAUGUACAAUUAUACAAUCAACAAGAUCACGACAUCGUAAACGUACACAAAGUUCAUUUAUGAUUAGUUUAAUAUUUUUAUGUGGAUGUGAAGUGAUUUUUAAUUUAGGUGCAUUUAUAUUUAAAUUAAUUCAAGUAUUAUCAUCAUAUUUUAUUCAUCAAAUUCCAAUGGAUAAAUCAAAUCAUAUACCACCUGAUAUGACUUUAAUUAUAUUACCAGUUAUACAAAAUAUUUUAAUGUUUAUUGCUGAAGUAGGUCUUUUUUCUCGUAAUUGGUGUGUAUGUUUAAUUACAGCAGCUCGAGCUGAAGUAGUUAUUUGGCCAAUUGGUUCACGUCCAUGGCAAAGAAUUUUAAGAAAUCCACGAAAAUUUAUUCAAAUAUUUAUUCUAUUAUUAUUUAUAUCAAUUAUAAUAGCUGGUUUAAAACAUACAGAUUAUAUUUCAUUAUUAUGUUACGAUCCAAUUAACCAUCAAUAUGGGAUGUGGUCACAAGAAUAUAUGUUUACACAUAAAUCAUUCUCACUUUAUAUGAGUUUUAUUGUUUUACCAUAUCGUGCAGUAAUUACUUGGAUUCUUAUCAUAUUAUUUACAAUUAUGAUUAUUAUUAGAUUACGUCCAUGGAGAAAAGAAUCAUCAUUAUUACAAAUAUCUCAAUCGAAAUCAUUAGAUGAUAUACCAAUGACAAAUGAAAAUCCACAACAUGAUGCUAUACGUAAACGUCAAAAAGGUCAAAUGAAAGCUACACGUGUUGUAUUAAUGGUUGCUUUAGCAUUUGGUUUAUUAGAAUGUAUGAAUUUUAUGAUAUCAUUAUGUCAAACAUUUAAUUUACUUGAUAAUAAUCAUUUAAGUCGUUUACUUGAAACAAUUGGCAAUACAUUAAUCACUAUUGAUUCAAUAUGUAAUUUCUUUGUAUUUAUUUCAUUAAUGUCUUAUUUUCGUAUAAUAUUUUUACAAAUAUUCUGUUGUAAAACAUUCAAUAAUCAACAAAAUAUUCCAACCAAUAGUACUUCAUAUACUUCGGUAAAUCAUUCAAUAACUGGGUCAUAG